AUGCGUCGAAAAGCUCGUGUUCCAGCAUUGGCUACACCACAGUUAGGCAACGGUUCAAUAAGUGGAGAUGAAUUGCCGCCACAACAUGACCACACUUAUGAUCCGGAAAUGGACGAGUAUCGACAACUUUUCGACAUGUUUGAUGCUGACGGUAGUGGAGCUAUCGGUAACGAAGAACUCAAGGAAGCUAUUCUCAGUCUCGGUCAAAACAUAUCUGAUCAUGAAAUUGAGGCUUUGAUUAAAGAGGUAGGCUAGGAACACUAAACACAAAUAUCAUUAUAAGUAAUAUCAUGAAUUCAAUAGGUAAAAUUGUAUUUAAAUAUAAUAUAUCAAAAAUUUAUUGGCUUCAAAAAAUGUAAUUUUAGGUUGACGAAGACGGAAACGGUGAAAUUGAUUUUGACGAGUUUUGUCGUUGUAUGCGAAUGUCACAAAAACGCAGUUUAGCUAGCAACGAAGAAUUUGUAAAACAGUGUUUUAGUGUCUUUGACCAAGAUGGAAAUGGUGUUAUUACUAAAAACGAAUUUAAGGUGAUUUUUUAAAAUGCGUCUUUGUGUUUUUAAUUUUAAGAAACUUCUGAAAAAAAUGAAGAUUAUAGUUGGAAAAAUCUUAAAGCAAUUUUUUUCAGUAUAUUGCAAAGGAAAUUGGCGGGUUUAGCGACGAUUUGGCAGAACACAUCUUUCAAGAACUAGACGUUUCAUCUAAUGGUCAUUUAAGCGCCGAUCAGUUUGCCGCCAUCGUUGAAGAUUACAUGUUGAACGAUCAGGGACGGUUGUACGACGAAAAGAUAACGGGUCCCCAAAGAGUUUAA